UCUCCGAAAAGACCCGCGAAAUGAUCACCCCGAUUGAUCCACACACCCAUCCACUUUGGGCCACUCCAUGGCCCUCUUUGAUUAUAAUGGUCGCCUAUUUGGCAAUCGUUCUGAAAUUGGGCCCCAGUUUUAUGAAAAAUCGAAGGCCCUACGAUCUGCGCGGCAUUAUCAAGGUUUACAACAUUAUUCAAAUUAUCUACAAUUUCGCGAUCCUAUAUUUUGCCAUGUACUUCCUUUUCUUCUUGGAUACCUAUGAUAUGAGUUGCGUGACAGCCCUACCCAUGGAUCAUCCGCACAAGGACUACGAACGUUUUGUAUGCAAUAUUUAUGGAUUCAACAAAAUUAUGGAUCUAACUGAAACCAUAUUCUUCGUUUUGCGAAAGAAGGAUAAGCAGAUAACCUUCCUGCACCUGUUCCACCAUAUUUAUAUGGCCAGUAUUGGCUACUUUUUGCUUACAUAUCACGGAUACGGUGGACUUGUGUUCCCUGCCUGCACUUUAAACACCUUUGUCCACGCUAUGAUGUACAUCUACUACUACCUGUCGUCGGUGAAUCCGUCAGUCCAAAAAAGCAUCUGGUGGAAGAAAUAUAUAACUCUUAUCCAACUGGUCCAGUUCAUUACGGUGGAGGUUCUCAUUAUCAAAACCUUGCUCCAUCCGAACUGCAAUUACUCAAAAUUUAUGAUGUGGUUAUGCUUGAUCGUAAAUCCCAUUUUCAUUGGAUUGUUUAGCCACUUUUACAUAAAGAACUACAUCCUUUCGCCCAAGAAGAGUUCAAAGCCACCUCAGGAUUCUUCGGACUCAAAAGCUCAAGAAAAAGUCAAUUAAACGAAUUUAUAGAAACAAUUUGGAAAGAAACAAUAUUCAAAAUAAAAUUAUGAUCGCUUUUUUGUUUUAAAAACA